AUGUCUUCCGUGUUGAGCUCAAAGGGUCUUGUCUUGGCCACGUCCAUGGCCGUCUCUGCAGGCACUGUAAUUCUUUUUGAUUUGCUGCGGGAGAAGUAUUUUGCUCCCACCCAAUUUCAAGAAUCCCCUCCUGCAAAACAACUUCUCAAAUCUUGUUUAACUUCAAGUAGCCAGAAGAUGGAGAAAAAGAAUAAGAAGAAGGAGAAGAGAGUUAAAUUUGCAGAUGAUGUGAAAGAUUCAAGAGGGAACGGUGAAUUGUACAGAAAAUUACGCAAAAAGUCCAGUAAAGCUGAGGCCACUUGCUGUGGAAAUGAAAUUCUUGGAUACAAUGGACUCAUGCCUGCAAAUCGGGUGGCUUUGUACAAUGGGAUUCUCAAGGAUCGCGUGCAGAGGAUUGGGUGUUCUUAUUGA